CCCUGCUGCGAGAGCUGGACGGACACCACUCGGCCUUCCAGUGUGACCGAGGGAUGCUGCGCUGGACCUUGCAUAAAAAGAUUGAUCAGAAUCCCAGUAACAGCUCCAUCCUGGUUGGGAUCCUGGUGAAAGAGCUGGAAAGGGCUGAAAGAGGUGACUACAGACAUUACAUCAUCCCCUUGCUGCAUACACUGAUGUAUGCAUUGAUAAAGGCUCCUUGCAUCUCUGAAGAUCUUUGCAGUCGGGUGUAUGAUUUCUGUAAGAAGAUGCUCACCCUGCCCAAGCCUUUCUGUACCAUUGGUUUGGACUAUGCUGCCAGGCUAAAAAUGGAAAGGAUUGCCCCAGGUAUGUUGUACCAAAGAAUGGUGAUUUCCGAACAAAGUCUUAAAAGUGACCCAUACCCUUAUCAGGAAAAGGUUUUCAUCUUUGCAGAUCCAGAGCUGCUCUCCAAAGCCAUCUGCAAUGCGCUGGUCAGUGACACAGAGGCUGCUCAGGUUUCUCAGAGCCCCCGGACAUGCAUGUCGUACGUGAUCAUCCAUGCCAUGCAGGCAAGCCUGGUCAAGGGCUGCGACAUCGGCRGCUUGAGGAGAAGCCUGCAGGACAUGCCCAUGAGUGAAGUAGAGCACUGGUUCCAGCAAGUGGUGAUGGCAGUCGAAUGCGCAGGAAGCGAGGUGAAUGCGGAUCGCAGCCAGCAUGUGGCGAGGCUGGAGGAGAUUUACCAUGCUCUUCUCAGCUCCAUGUCGGCAGGCAACCCUCCCUUAGGAGAGCUCCAGGGUAUCCCUCUGCCCAACCCCAACAUCAGCUUCCACCUCUGGACAGAAGAUGACCAGCUCUGGAAGGAACUGGUGCUAUUCAUCCGCCCGCUGUCCCAGAGCUGCGAGCCGGACAUGCUGAGCCAGGAACUGGACAACUUUGAGAUCCACGACAUCAUUUCGGACUGUGAGUGCUGCAAGCAGACCCGCUUCUCUGUGCUCUCUACUGACAGUGGCAUUGAGCGGGACCUGCCCACAGCGGCUGAGGAGCCCGUAGUCCCUUGCAGCACUGAGGCAGAGCAAUCCCGGCUCCAGAGGAAGGGUGGCAUUAAGAAAAGAGCAUCCCCGCUGGACAGCGUGGCCCUUCUGCAGGCAGGCUGCAGCAGUCCUGGGCUGAAGCCAGUGCCGAAGCUGCGGAGGAGGCUGGGCAUCACCGAGGAGUCCACGGCCCCUGUGCAGAAACGGCACACUGCCCGCAUCGUGCUGCUGGGGGACGAUCGCAUCCUGGGGCGCCUGGCCCAAGCAUACCACUCCUUGAGGAAACGAGAAACACGCCGAGUUUUCUUGACUCCAAAGCUGAACCUGCAGUUCUACCACAUCCCGGUUGUUACAGGGCAACCCGAUAUGUUGGCCACGGCGAACUGCCCUGCCACUGGCCAUGAGGAGCUCUGCGAGGUGGCUGGCUACCUGGGCAAAGCUGACCCGUGGUACGAGAGCAACAUCAACACGCUGUGCCACAUGAUACCCAAACUGGCCACCAUGCCUUCAUCUCCAAGUAAGCAUCUUGUGACUGACGUGUUCCUCACUGAUGUGAUCGCGUACUACGUCCGCAUGGGCAUCCAGCCUGUCUGUUUCCAGGUCUAUGCUGUGAAGGUUUUCUUCAAUGACCCAGCACAGGAGCCAGCUGAGGACGUGUUCCUCACAGAGCUAUGCACCCGCAUGCCGGAGAGCAACCCCCACAGAGAAUUAGCCAUGUCCAAGAAGAAAGUAACAUUGGAUGGCCCUGGUGUAGACCUCACAGUAACGUACAAAAAGGUGGGGGUGAGUGACCGGGUGAAGGAGGUGGCAAUGUCCCUACGCUCCACAGCUCUGGUGAUGAAAGCCAUCCCUGCUGAUGAGAUCCAAGAACUGRUGUGCCUGAACGUGAACAUCACUGAAAUUAUCAAGAGCAACAACUUGUCAGGAAAGUCGUUCUCAGCUGUGGCAAACAGGUUGAGAACACACAGCAUCAAAAUCAGGAGCACAGAGCAGAGACCCUUCACACUGUGUCUGGACAAGGACAGCAGAAGAGCUUAUAGGAAUGUGAUCAGCAUAGAAGUGUCCCCUUGCCUAGAGCCCAGCUACUGCUUGCAGAAGACAAGGACAUUAAAAUUCAGCCUGCACGAAGCAGAGGAUGUGGGGCUCAUGAAAUACAUGCCCAAGUCUCUGCUAUUGCCCAUUAACACGUUUGCAGGUGUCAUCAAGUGAAGAAGACAAGAGAAAACAAUGUGAGAGGAUGUGACA